AUGGGCCCGGCGGCUGGAGAACAAGGAGCUGAGACUGGUGAUGAGUGGACCAAAGUUCGUCGCAAAGGACGCCGCAUGAGAUCUCAUCACCCCGCCGUCUGUCCGUCAUCUAGUAGAAAUGCCAAAGGUUCAGAGCCACGCCCGUCAUUCUUGUCGGUUUCUGAUAUCGAGAGGGAACAUCGACGUAUUAGGGAUCAGUGGAGGGCCUCAACUGGCUGUCACCAACUACGGGAUGUUGUUGCAUCCCGUAAUUGCGGUUCUGCUAUUACCGACGCCAUCUGCUUCGGCUUAGGAUCCUUUGAUCCCGAGGAUGGCUCCUGGGAGAACAAGCGGCGAGCACAUGUACAACUAGCCGCUUUUGUAUACAUGGUCGAACAACUGCAACGCGACAACCGGGUACCGAUCCGCUGUCUAUUCCAGGAACCCAUUUUCAACUCCGUGGACGAGGCAUUCAUUCGUAGUCUAGGCCACGAGGUUGUACAUUCACCGGGAGGCUUCGAGCAAGUUGGCACGUCAACGCUAGUGUUCGGCAUCCAUCUGUACAGAGACGUCUAUGCGCAAGCUCUCGCUGGGCAUUUACCUGCCGUGUUUGUCGGGACUCCUCGGGAGGUUUGGGAAGAAUGCCACGGCUCUGAUGUUCUUGAUUGGGUACAAUUAAAGGAUCUGGAUGAACGAAGCGAUAAAGUCAACUUUCCCGAAGAUUCAGGUUAUACAACAUUUUCUAACACCACAAUCCAUUGGAGGCGACAAGAUGAUACCUAA